GCCCCAUUUCUGUUUUUUCCUGCGACUGGGCACGACGCAAUAUGAUUGGAUAGAAUUACGUCGUUCAAAGCCCAACCUCACUGGAUCUGCUACAGGAACUUAAAGGGCAACACAUCUAGAGAAAUACAGAGCCAUUUUCAGCAGUGGAUGAGUGCAUGAAAACUUACGGGUAAAGAGCAAGGAGAUCACACCCUGAAUUCGGGAUGGCCGGGUUCCUGGAUAACUUUCGCUGGUCCGAGUGUGAAUGCAUUGACUGGGGAGAGAGGAGGAAUGCUGGUGCUUCCAUAGUGGCUGGAGUCUUGUUCUUCACUGGCUGGUGGAUAAUGAUCGAUGCUGCUGUGGUUUACCCGAGCCAGGAGCAGCUGAAUCAUGCCUUCCACACCUGUGGUGUCUUUUCCACAAUCGCCUUCUUCAUGAUAAAUGCCGUGUCUAACGGCCAGGUGAGAGGGGACAUUUACGGGGAAGGCUGCUUUGGAAGGAUAGGUGCAAGAAUCUGGCUGUUUGUUGGCUUUAUGAUAAUGUUCGGAUCCCUCAUUGCUUCCAUGUGGAUUCUGUUCGGAGCCUAUGUUGUUCCAAAGAAGGAUGUGUACCCUGGGCUUGCUGUGUUUUUCCAAAAUGCAUUAAUAUUUUUUAGUACACUGAUCUACAAGUUUGGAAGAACAGAAGAUCUGUGGGGAUAGCCCCUCCAUAUCUGUCAGCACCAAGAUAUCCUUCCUUCACUGUUCUCACCAAGAUCCUAAAAAAAACUCUAGAGGGUAACCAGAUUCAAUGUAAUGACUUACUGAAUUACUCCCAGCAAAAUGCUACCAGGUCCUGCAAUCCCUUGCAGAAAGCAAAAUGGAACUAAUUGAAAGCAAGCCCGUGAGCACGUUUUUCACCAUCCUUAGAGGGCCAUUCAAUGAACAAAAUAAUAACAGCAGUUAGCAUUGCUGCAAGACCUGUUUUAUUUACCCUUUUGUGCACUGAACCACUCCACUGUGGCGUGAUACCAUCAGAUUAUUGAUGGUGCCAUUUGAAAGCAACAGAGACACUGAGAGGUUAGAAACAAUGUUUUCUUUCUAAUUUAGUGGAUGCAGGGGUACAAGAUUAUAGCAAAAUAUAGCAGUGAACAGGUAAAAUUAUUGGGACCUCCCUGUGCUUUUAGGAUCUUGGUGACAGCGCUGUACUGUAGUUUGGAUAGAGGUAUUAAAGGUAAUGACCCCCGUGCUUCAGAGCCCUGGUGAGAACACUGAAGAAAGGCAGCUAAUAUUAAUACUGUCAAACUGAGAAUAAUAUUAUCUUGUACAGCUCAAUCCCUUAGCCAGUGUUUUAUAUUCGGCCAACAGAUCAUUUUACAGGUUGUAUUUUUUUUUUCUUUUUUAUUUUUAAGAGGGAACAAAUUGCCAUAUUGUCUUGACUUAUGUAGUAUUGUUUUUGACACUGUAGUUAAAGUUACCACCUCCCUUCAGCUGCUUUUUUUUUUUUAAAUAUCUGAAAUAUGUAUCAUCUAUCAUCCUUUAUGUUGAAUUGCACCACAAGGAUCAGCUGUAAAUAGGACGCCAUGAACAGGGGGAAAAAAAGGGUUUGUGAUUAUUGUGUACAUUUAUUAACAAAUAUAUUGUACUCCUGUGUAGAUUAAAGAGAAUAAAUAAAAUAAAGUAAGUUUG